AUGGGUUCGUUAAUCCCCGAUUCCCUUGUUAAGGCCCAUUUGGGUUCGAAGCGUCACAGUCCUGACCUCGAGGAUGGCGUAGACGAGCCAGCCUCUAAGCGAAGCCGGUCCUCUGUAAUCACAGAUGAGAAUGAACACGGCAAAGAGAGCCUCGAGACCAUUGCCACUGCCUACACCCAAGCGCCAGAGCCCGAUUCCACGGAUCAUCUCACACAUGACGGCCAGGGCUCUACCAGCAGCGUCCCGAGUGCUCCAGAUAGACUCGGAAACGACGCUGACGACACAGUAUCAGAGAAGUCUGCCGCCCCAGACUCGACCCCCGAGAAGAGUAUCGACAGCGUCGUCGAUACCGACGCGCCAAAGGCUAGUCCAUCCGGCCAGCCCACUCUCAGCAGCCAGGACCCUGCCCUCUCCAUCCCAGAUCCUACUGCCGUACCUGGCAACGGAGUUGACGAUGCGGCAACCUUCAAACCUGCCGUCUCGGGCUCAAUUCCCGAAGCGAGCGCCGAUAAUGCUUCCAACAACCUAGUAGGCCUUGCUUCCAAGAUUGACCCUGCUGCUUCCACCACUUCCCUCCCGAUUGGCGUCGAGGAUGCCCAGUGUGGUGCAUAUAUCUUCUCUAAACCUUUGGAUAAACCUUGGGACUAUGACUCGAUUAACGGUUGCGAGUGCGGAGAAAUGCUAUACGAUUGGUGGGGAGAUCUUCGCGCUUUCGUCAGGCGGUUUGUCUACAACACCCUUCCGUCAGUCUACUCUUGGGAUAGGCUACCUGGUGUGUGGCAAGAUGAGAUCAGUGAAUGGGCGACGAAUGCGCCUAAUCAUUUCAACUCCAGCAAUAAAAAUGUUGUUGAGAAUAUCUUCAUUGCUUGGAUUUUCCGCAUCCUCUAUGAACGCGUCUUCUCGGGAGCGGACCCAGAUAAGUGGAAUGGAGAGUUGUGGCAAUCAUUUGGCAAAAUACAGGCCUCUGCUCGAGAGCUUGUUACCGACUCCGAUGACAAAUACAACCCCUUGUACCAUCACUGGCGCAAUCUCACUGCUCGAGUAGUACAUCGACAGAAUCCCGAACAGAGACACUUUGAUACUUGUUGGCUACGAAGCCAAAUAGAGAAGCGUGUUCUCAGUAUCCAGACUGAAUACCUCGAAACCAAUCCCCACCCAGAGCUUGAUAUGACGGUCCUCGAAUUCCUAGACGGUAGUUACAUGACCUUGAUCGAUGCAGUGAUGCGUAUGGAUAUGGUCAUGAUUGUAACUCGCUGGCACAUAAGAAUGGAGAUGUCCCACCCAGAUACGGGUCAAGUCCACGGAUUCCGUCCGGAAGAGAAUCGAAUGGAUAUUACAGUCACUGAGCUCGGAGCAGAGCCGGGGCUUGUCGACUACGUCAUGGUCCCUGCGCUUGUAGUUCACGGAUGGACAACUGGAGGCUUCCCACAAGCGGGAACAGAAUCCGUCAUCUAUCCUCUCGGUUACGAUUAUUGGUACAAAGCUCAUAUGUACAGCACACCAAUGGAAGUUGUCUGUCCGGAGAAGCUGGAGGAACGGGGCCAGAACUAG